UUCUGCACUCUGCACUGGUCAUCAUUUCCUAAGCCAUAUCGCCGGAACAUACCUGUCGCUCCUGUCAGCACUCAGUACCACACGCAACGCAUUCCUAAACCUCACCGCUUCACUGUCGUAUCUUUAUCAGCCUUGCGAACGGUGGCUGUCCAUCGUUCUUUGUGUCUAGCAUGUCUGUACUCGACUUCCUCUGCGACAUUCGAUUCCACAAAAGCUACAUUCUUCCGCCAAGUACUGACACGGGUCGACAUACGCCAUAUCGAGUCUCGUAUGCGGACUACGGCGAUCCUGACAGCAAUGCGGUGGUAUUAUUCUGCGGUGCUCUGAUGGGCAGUCGAUUCUGUUACUCUCCCCUCGAUCAACUAGCCAAAGCGUACAAUGUCAGAAUCCUCCAUCCGGACAGGCCUGGAAUUGGAGGCAGCCAGCCUGUAGAUCUGGAGAAGCGCAUACAGACCUGGCUCGAAAUGGUACCAUUACUGCUUGCUCAUCUGAAUAUCGCUCACGUCUCUCUCGCAAGUCACAGCGGCGGCGACAUCUACCUAUUAAACACAAUGCUCACCUAUCCGUGUCUCCUGCAUCCAGAGACUCCCUAUGUCUGCUUCUUCGCCCCUUGGGUUCACCACUCACACUCCAAGAUAUCGCAGUUGCGAGCAACCGAACUGCUUCCCGCACCCAUUCUCGGCAAAUUCAUCUCGGUGGUAAAAUUCGUGAACGACAACGUCACACCCCUGGCUGGACUGAGCGGUAAUCUCAUGCAAGGCAUCAGAGAUUCAAUGCAUCGUUCGGGUACGACACCGGCUUCAGGAUCAGUCCCGGCUCCUAUUCCAUUGACACCGACGACUUUGAGCAUGCGAACACGAGGUACCUCACUUUUCUCGCACGAUGAGCCAGCCGAGCUGUCACUGGACGACGAUCACGUUGUGGAGGAACUUCGAAGGCACAUCACAGCAUUUCUGUUCGCCGAGUGUAUGGACGGCAUAUCGGCGGACGUUCAACUGUUCUUGCGGAAGCCUCGCUCUAUCGCCUGGUGCUCGUCAAGUGUCUUCUGGUCAGACUUCGACUACGCCGUGCCUUUAAUCUCGAAGAUGAUCGACGAAGAACAUGGUAUAGAUGGCUUCGGUAGGUCAUGGGCAGUUGACACGUUUCAUGCACAGAUAGAUGCAAUGGUCGGCGAGAAAGGCAAGAUCUGGUUCGACAGCUGCUGGAUGUCACACCAAUUGACGCCGGAGCCCUUUGGGAAAGAGAACUUACAUUCGACCUAUCUACCGAAUCGCAAUAGCUACAGGUACAGGAGUCAGGUAGUUGAGGGGACGGAACACAACUACCUUAUGGAUCCUGCCUUCGGUGCAAGUGAAACCUGGUUGCAGCGAGUGAGGGAUGCGUUUCCCAUGCCUAUCGAGGUUUGAUAAGCCAUGAGUAAGCACAUGACAAUGACGAUUUUCUGCUAACCAUCACAUAGAGCGAAUCUGAACUUGAAGAACAGGAAGAGGAGGAAGAAGAGGCCGAGAUUGAGGCGAUUGAUGAUGACGCCUCAUCAUCCUCAACCCGGCCAAUCACCGAACGCAGGAGAAGGUCAGUCAGAGCACUCGUGACUUCAGUGAGGCGCAGAACCCGCGAUGCUUCGUCGAGGAGACACCGGUUGCGGUCCAAGGAGCCUCGAUCCGUUUCGGCGAAGUCUGCAGGAG